UUGUCGACAUUUUGGCAAGAGCUCAUCGUGAGCGUAGCAAUUGGUACAGCCGUAGUGGGAGCACUUCUGGGAGGUUUUGUGAAUCAACGAUGUGGGCGGAAACCCAUGCUGUUAGCUUGUGCGAUGGUGCUGACGGUAGGAGCCGUGGUGGAGGCAAUUGCUACAUCGAGAAAUGCUCUACUCAUUGGUCGGCUCAUUGUCGGUUUUGGAAUAGGAGGGGUGUCUACUACCGUUCCAGUUUACAUCGCUGAAAUUGCGCCAUGGAGUAUCAGGGGUCGUUUAGUCUUCGUGUAUUACCUAUUUCUAACGGGAGCUGAAUUUGUCGCUUCUGUUGUUGACGGUAUAUUAAGCCCUUACAAGAAGACGGGAUGGAGAUUCAUGUUUGGUUUAGCUGCACUUCCGUCAGUCAUCAUGUCCGUGGGUUGUCUGUGGCUUCCAGAAAGUCCCAGUUGGCUCGUCAGCCGGGGCGCCUGUGAACAUGCAAGGGAAGUUCUUGUGAGAAUUAGAGGAACGGCGAAAGUGGACGAGGAGCUACAAGCUAUACAGACCGUUUGUAAGGAACAAGAAUCUUAUGAUAAAAGCAGAUUUUAUGAGAUGUUGAACACUUCGAGUACAAGGAAGGCUCUUUUAGUUGGCUGUAUGUUGGUAUCAAUGCAAGAUCUGUCUGGGAUUAAUUUGAUUCUAUUCUACUGUGCAACUAUUUUACAGAUGUCAGGUGUACAGGGAGACCGACAGGCCCUCUGGCUUGCUGUGGUGAUAUAUUUUGGUAAUUUCACAUUUCCCUUUGUUGGAUUGUAUCUGGUAGAGAAAGUAGGACGCCGAAAGCUACUAUUAGGAAGUCUUGCGGGGGUCACUGUUUGCAUGUUUCUCUGUGGUGGUGCAUUUUACAUGGCGAAGCAACACGAUGCCGCGAUAACCCUUAACGAGAGAGCGAUUUCUAAUAUCAGCAACAAUUGUCCUGCUACUGGAUAUUGCUUAGAUUGCCUCGGAGUCCAAGAAAACUGUGGAUUUUGUUAUGCUAAAGACUCCUCCAAUAAUCCUUUAUAUGGUUCUUGUGUUCCAAUUAAUGUAUCUUCUAACGACAACACGGCCGCUUUUGGUAGAUGCAGUCGCAAGGAUCAUUCGGUAACAUGGUCGUACCAAGCUUGUCCUUACAAGUAUGCGUGGUUAGCAACUUUAGCUCUUGUAUUAUACAUCGCCGCGUUCGGUCUGGGGAUGGGGCCGCUGCCAUGGACGAUAAAUUCUGAAAUCUACCCCCUGUGGGCCCGUAGCUCGGGGCAUGGGUUUUCUACAGCUGUAAAGUGGUCUACUAAUUUAGUAUUAUCCAUGACUUUCCUGUCUCUAACUGAGUGGAUUACGAGUUUCGGGGCGUUUUGGCUGUAUGGGGGAAUUUCGCUUCUGGGUUGGCUGUUUUUCUUUGCUUAUCUUCCUGAGACGAAAAAUAAAUCGCUAGAGGAA